UCCGACUUACAGAGAGGGUAAAAAGAAACGCAAGAAGUUCCGUUCUGGAAAGCGCGGACGAUUUGGUGGCAACAGAUUCAAAUCCAAUCGCCUCUAUUUUGUCUCACCAAAGAAAAAUGCUUUUUGGAAACAAGAAGUCCAAAAGACGCCACAGUUUCCCCGUAAAUCAUGACCCCGAAAAAUUAGAUAUCCCAAAACGCCGUAAAGUGACAAGAACUUGGACAAUGACUGUUGUUUGUUUGGCAGAUAAAGAGUCUUCAAGGGUGCCAUCAUCUGCAGAGAAAGAAAUUCUGUUUAAAGCAGGCCUAGGUACCCGCAAAAUACAGUUUUUAACAUCUGACACCGAGGCUGAUGUUUUAAAGACUAUAACUUCAGACAGAUCAACAGAAAAUGGUCAGACUAUUGGAUUUCCUCAGCUUAAUAACUGUGGUGGGUUUGAACUGCUCAAAUGCACCCAAAACAGCAGAGAACUCUCUCUAAUUGAUUGUGAGUGGUCGGUUUCUCAACUUAAAACAUAUUUAGGGAGUCAAACCAAGAUUUAUAUACGACCAGUCCAAACAAGUCUCAGUACAACACCAAUUGAUAAUAAUUUUCAAAUCAAGACAGAAGAAAUUUGCAAGUUUUGCAACAAGGGCUUUUCUAUUAGAAAUCUGAGACAGCAUGUUAAAACCUGCAAGGACAAGCCAAAAACAAUAGAGGUAUGUGAGAGUGAUAGUGAUGAUCUACCAGAUCCUGCUUUAAAUGAUCAUGAUGGCCUUUGGAGUUUUUUAAGUGAUGCAAAUAUAGAGUUUUUGCCUGCAGCAGUGGAUGCAGUAGAUCCACUUGGUGAUGCAGUACCAAUAAAUGCUUCAACUUCAGUUACAGAUGUGAUUGAUGAAGUAUCCCAAACUGAAGGGAAUAGCAAUUAUAAUGAACAUGCAUCUAGUUCUUCUAGUAAUGUUUAUGUCCAUACUGGGGAAGAAAUAAAUUCCAGCUCUGACAGCACUACAAGUUCCACACAGAAUGCUACAGUCUCUCCUACUAUGUAUCAAAAGGCAGAAACUGUAUGUUUGAUAGACAGUGUCAUAUCUAGUGCAAUUGAUCACUGCCUUACUGAGAACAUUACUGAUCCAGUGGAAAUCCUAAGACAUAUGCAAAAAGUUAUAGUGACUGGAAGAAGUUUGGAACUCGACGAUUUAUUAAAUUGUGAUUCAGGAGACACCUCUUUCAUCAUGGUGGAUCGAGGAAAUAUUUUGGAGACAGCAUUUGAUGAAAUUAAAAGCAUAACAGACAAAGAUCUUAGAAAAACAUUGGAAGUUAACUUCUACAAUGAGUGUGCUUCAGAUCAAGGGGGGCCACGUAAAGAAUUUUUUCGUCUAGUGCUCAGUGCUGUCAAGGAAAAGUAUUUUGACAAAGGUUUGCGAGAACACCUGGCAAAAGAUUAUGUGACGGUUGGAAAAAUUAUGGCUUUAAGUAUCCUGCAAAAUGGACCAAUGCCAAGCUUUUUAAAUGAGGAUAUUCGAAAUGACCUGUUUUCUGGGAAAGAUUCAAGUUCAUUGUGCAUAAAAAAUCUAAGGACUGGAUUGGAUGUUUUGGGAGUAGUCAAGGUGGAAGAAGAGGAGAUGUUUCACUUCAGCACAUACUCCAGUUUGUUACAGGAGCAUCUGAAGAGCCCAUCCUUGGAUUUUGCCACCCUCCCUCCAUAGAGUUUGUAAAACCUCGUGAUGACACACGCUUUAUACCAACAGCAAAUACAUGCAUCAAUUCUCUGAAGUUACCACGAGGGACCUUAGAAAUCAAAUUGCCGGCAGAUGAAGAGCUAUUUUCUCUGUAUGAUUA